AUGCUUCCGCCGAUCUCGUCGGCACUCCUUGGAUGGUCUCUGCGCUGUACAGCCCGAGUACCACGCGCAGGUGUUCGGUCCCGCGGAAAUCUUUCGGAUGUCCGCGUCCGCAGUCAUCGACAAUCGCGCUACUCUCUAGCUUCACUCAACCAGCAGUCUACUGUUUGCACUAGUACCAUCAAACUUCUCUCUCAAUCAAAGUCACUCAAUGACUCGCGAAGUCCGAAGACGCGUAGCGUCACGACUGCACCACCAAAGCCCCUUGACCAAUACGUGCCGCCCAAGACCGGCCUAAUCUCCCUUCUUCCCAAAACCUGGAUUCCCUAUGCCGAGCUACUCCGGCUUCAGAACCCCAUCGGCACAUACUGCCUGUUCUUCCCUUGCGCCUUCUCGACUCUCCUAGCGACCGUGGUUGCAGAGCAGCCCGUCGCCCCGUUACAAGUGGUAGGAACCACGGGGCUCUUUUUCGCAGGCGCCCUGAUCAUGAGAGGCGCCGGAUGCGCCAUCAAUGACCUCCUAGACAGACGCUUUGAUCCGUUCGUCGAGCGCACGAAAUUCCGACCGAUCGCGCGAGGCGCAAUCACACCGCCUCAGGCCGUUAUCUUCACCGGGACUCAGCUCCUCGCCGGUCUCGGCAUUCUUCUCCAAUUCCCGACUCAAUGUCUCUACUAUGGCGUUCCCAGUUUGCUGCUUGUGGGCGCCUACCCGCUCGCCAAGCGCGUGACGGACUACCCGCAGGCUGUCCUGGGUCUGACCUUUUCCUGGGGCGCCUGGAUGGGAUUUCCUGCAAUGGGAAUCGACCUGUUGGGUGACACCUCUGCCUUGACGGCUGCCACUUGUCUGUAUCUGAGCUGUGCUGCCUGGACGGUCUUCUACGACAUGGUCUACGCGCACAUGGACAUCAAGGACGACGUCGCGGCAGGCGUCAAGUCCAUCGCACUGCGUCAUGAAGGAAACGCGAAAGCUGUGCUGUCGGGUCUCGCAGUGACGCAGGUGGGAUUGCUCGCGGCAGCGGGCAUGGCAGCCGGCGCGGGCCCGAUCUUCUAUGCUGGUAGCUGUGGAGGCGCGAUCAUCUCUCUUGCGAUCAUGACCGCGAGAGUGAAACUGCGGGAUCCGUCUAACUGUUGGUGGUGGUUCCGGUAUGGGUCUUAUUUCACCGGUGGGAGCAUCACGCUAGGAUUGUUCCUUGAGUAUUUGGCCCGUUAUAUGGAAUGGUAUGGUGAGGAAGCGGAUGUCAAGGGCGUUGAUGGCACGACCAAGGUGGAGGAGUCAUUGUAA